AUGUCUGAGAGAAGUUUUUUGGUGUGGGUGGUGACCGCCAUGUACAAAGCUCACAGCAAUGGCUUUGCCAGCAAUCCCCCCCUCUCCCCCAUCCAAGACCUCCCGGCCCCCCCUCCCCCAUCAAGACCUCCACAGCCCCCCUCUCUCCCCAUCAAGACCUCCCGUACCCCACCUCUCCCCAUCCAAGACCUCCCCUGCCCCUCUCUCCCCAUCCAGCCUCCCUGCCCCCCCCUCUCCCCAUCCGAGACCUCCCAACCUCCACUGCCCCCCCUCUCCCCAUCAAGACCUCCCAUUGCCCCUCUCCCCAUCCAAGACCUCCCAUUUGGCCCCCUCUCUCCCAUCCAAGACCUCCACUUAACCCCCCUCUCCCCAUCCAAGACCUCCAUGACCCCUCUCCCCCAUCCAAGACCUCCUAGCCCCCUCUCCCCAUCCAAGACCUCCGUGCCCCCCCCUCCCCCCAUCCAAGACCUCCAUGCCCCCCUCUCUCCCCAUCAAGACCUCCCUGCCCCCCUCUCCAUCAAGACCUCCAUGGCCCCCCUCUCUCCCCAUCCAAGACCUCCCAUAGCCCCUCUCUCCCCCAUCCAAGACCUCCAUUGCCCCUCUCUCCCCCAUCCAAGACCUCCCGUAGCCCCCUCUCUCCCUCAAACCCCUCCCCCUCACUCCCCAUCCAAGACCUCCCAUCCCCACUCUCUCCCCAUCCAAGACCUCCCAGCCCCCCUCUCCCAUCCAAGACCUCCCAUGCCCCCUCUCCCCAUCCAAGACCUCCACUUGCCCCCUCUCUCCCCAUCCAAGACCUCCGUGCCCCCCUCUCCCUCCAACCUCCCGUACCCCCUCUCCCCUCCAGACCUCCGUGCCCCUCUCCCAUCCAAGACCUCCCGUGCCCCAUCCAAGACCUCCGUGCCCCCUCUCCAUCAAGACCUCCCUGGCCCCUCUCUCCCCAUCCAAGACCUCCGUGCCCCUCUCGAGACCUCCAUUCCCCCUCUCUCCCCAUCCAAGACCUCGUGCCUCCCCAUCAAGACCUCCGUAGCCCCCCUCUUCCCAUCCAAGACCUCCGUAGCCCCCCCUCCUCCCCCAUCCAAGACCUCCGUAGCCCCCCCUCUCCCCAUCCAAGACCUCCCGUGCCCCCCACUCUCCCCAUCCAAGACCUCCCGUAGCCCCCUCUCUCCCCAUCAAGACCUCCCGUGGCCCCCAUCCAAGACCUCCGUACCCCCCUCUCUCCCAUCCAAGACCUCCGUAACCCCCCUCUCUCCCCAUCCAAGACCUCCCGUAGCCCCCUCUCCCCAUCCAGCGAGACCUCCCGUCACCCCUCUCCCCAUCAGGACCUCCCGCCCCCCCUCUCUCCCAUCCAAGACCUCCGUGGCCCCCUCUCCCCAUCCAAGACCUCCAUGGCCCCCUCUCCCCAUCAAGACCUCCCGUAGCCCCUCUCCCCACUCAAACCUCCCGUGCCCCCUCUCUCCCCAUCCAGACCUCCCGUAG